AGACACAUUCUCCUAUCCUCACCGCAUCGAUCGCUCUUCUUCCUCCACUCCCUCACACGCACACAUGCAGCCAGAGCUUAGCUUAUAUCUCCCCACCUCGCGCGUAGGCAACACACACAAACCAAAGCCCUCCCCCUUCAAACGCGCGCAGCUAGCCAUGGAGAGUGGUGGCAUCAUUGCGACAUGUACUCCCCAAUGAUUGAUCUCUCGUCGUCUCUUCUCCCAACCACCACCACCUCGUCGUCCUCCACCUCCUCUCCUGCCGGCCUCACUACAAAAUGACCAGCAACAACAACCAGAACAUCAGCAGCUGCAGCACCGGCGGAAGCGACGCGGCGGCCGGUGGCAGCUGGCUGGGUUUCUCCCUGUCGCCUCACAUGGCGCCCAUGGACGCGGCGGACGGCUCCAACGGCGUGCAGGUGCAGCAGCACCACGGAGGCCUCUUCUUCCCUCCCGUCACCUCAUCGCCCGCGCCCUUCUGCUACUCCCUCGGCGGCCAAGAUAGUGUCGCCACGGCGGGCGCCAAUGGCGGGGGGUUCUUUCCUGGGCUCUCCUCCAUGCCGCUCAAGUCGGAUGGCUCCCUCUGCAUAAUGGAGGCCCUCCGGAGAAGCGAGCAAGAACAACUCCACGGGGUGGUGGUGUCGUCGGCAUCGCCGAAGCUGGAGGACUUCUUGGGCGCGGGCCCCGCGAUGGCGCUGAGCUUGGACAACUCCAGCUUCUACUACGGCGGCCACGGCCACCACCACGGGCACGCCCCGGACCACGGCGGCUUCCUGCAGCCGCUGCAGUGCGCCGUGAUCCCCGGCGCGGGCGCGCACGAUGUGUACGGUCACGCGCCGCUGGUGGACGAGCAGUCCGCCGCGGCGAUGGCGGCUAGCUGGUUCUCCGCCCGCGGCGGAGCCAGCUACGACGUCAACGGCACCGGCGGGGGACCCAUCAUGCCUGGGCCGGGCCACCCGCACCCGCUCGCGCUGUCCAUGAGCUCCGGCUCCGGGUCCCAGUCCAGCUGCGUCCACCCCCACGCCGACGCCGUCACCGAGUACAUCGCCAUGGACGGCAGCAAGAAGCGCGGCAGCGGCGGCGGCGGCGGCGGGCAGAAGCAGCCCACCGUCCACCGCAAGUCCAUCGAUACCUUCGGCCAGCGCACGUCGCAGUACCGCGGCGUCACCAGGCAUAGGUGGACGGGGAGGUAUGAGGCGCACCUCUGGGACAACAGCUGCAGGAAGGAGGGCCAGACCAGGAAAGGCCGACAAGUUUAUCUCGGUGGGUAUGACAUGGAGGAGAAGGCCGCGAGGGCGUAUGACUUGGCGGCGCUCAAGUACUGGGGACCGUCCACGCACAUCAACUUCCCGCUGGAGGACUACCAGGAGGAGCUGGAGGAGAUGAAGAACAUGACCCGGCAGGAGUACGUGGCUCACCUGAGAAGGAAAAGCAGCGGUUUCUCGCGUGGUGCUUCGAUUUACCGAGGAGUGACCAGGCAUCACCAGCACGGGCGGUGGCAGGCGCGCAUCGGUCGCGUCUCCGGCAACAAGGACCUCUACCUGGGCACAUUCACCACGCAGGAGGAGGCGGCCGAGGCGUACGACGUCGCUGCGAUCAAGUUCCGCGGCCUCAACGCCGUCACCAACUUCGACAUCACGAGGUACGACGUCGACAAGAUCAUGGAGAGCAACACGCUCCUCCCCGGCGAGCAAGUCCGGCGCAAGACGGACGGCGAAGACAGCACAGCCGCCGCGGUCUCUGAGAGCGACGCCGUCGCCAACGCUGCGGUAGCCCUGGUGCAGGCCGGCAAUGCAGCCGACUGGAAGAUCCAGGCGGCUGCGGCGCUGCCAGGUUCUGCGAGGACCGCCACACCGUGCGGCAACGAGCACGGCCACCAUCAGGAUCUCCUGUCGAGCGAGGCCUUCUCGGUGCUGCACGACAUCGUGUCCGUGGACGCUGGGAACGCGCGUGGCAAUGCCAGCGCGCACAUGUCGAACGCGUCUUCCCUGGCCACGAGCGUGAGCAACUCCCGGGAGCAGAGCCCGGACCGGGGCGGCGGCCUAGCCAUGCUCUUCGCCAAGCCCGCGGCGUCGAAGCUGGCCUGCCCGCUGCCGCUGGGAUCCUGGGUCUCCCCAUCGCCGGUGUCAGCGAGGCCCGGCGUGUCCAUCGCACACCUGCCAAUGUUCGCCGCGUGGACCGACGCAUGAACUGCAUAGUCUCUUAGCACAACCAUGGCGCUAGAUGGGGUUGAUAGGCAAAAACUACUCUUCACUUUGUUCAAUCAGGGCAUUUCAGUAGCUGGGUAAGGUUCAGUAGUAGUAGUGGUUCAAUUAGCUGGUGAGGAAUAGCUAGCCAUGCAUGCUUGGCCUCUUCUGAUUCCUCCUGCUCCGUUUGCGUUGCGAGAGGAGGUUUCUUUUUGUAAUACUGAGGCUAGCAACAGCAGGCAUGGAUCUCCUACAGUAGCCACACUAAUCUGGUGUAGGACGGUUAGUGUUCAACUGUUGAUCUCCUAACUUCA